GUGUGUGAGGCCGGGGCUGUGUGUGUGAGGCCGGGGCUGUGUAUGAGGCGCUGAGGGGUACUGGUGGAGCAGGACCGCUGAAGCUGGUUGAAGCCCUGACUGCUGUCUGAUGUGUGUGGCUGAGGGUUUGCCCACUGCCCCCCACGGCCAGCUCUCCCCACUGCGCUCUGAACUCUGACGGCUGCGAGGCACCGCAGUGCAGCUCGGUGAUGGAUGAGGCACUGUGUGAGCUGAUGUGCUGAGCCCUGGUGUGGAGUGUCACCAUGCCUGUUCAGGCUCCUCAAUGGACUGACUUCCUCUCGUGCCCAAUCUGCUGCCGAACUUUCGAUGAGAAUGUACGCAAGCCCAUCAGUCUGGGCUGUGGCCACACACUCUGCUCCAUCUGCCUCAACAACCUCCACCGCAAAGCCUGUCCCUUCGACCACACAACCAUCAACACACACAUCGACAAGCUGCCCGUCAACUCCGCCCUACUGCAACUGGUGGGGGCUCAGGUGUCGGAGCUGCAGUGUGGGCUGGGGCCAGGGGCGGAGGCCAGCGGGCACUAUGAGGUAGCCAGGAAGUGUGUGGAGGAGCUGGCGCUCUACCUGAAGCCGCUCAGUGGCACCCGAGGUACGGGCCCCGGUGCUGGUGCAGGAACACAGAGCGCACUUAGCCGGCCGGUGCAGCGGAAGUUGGUGACACUGCUGCACUGCCAGCUGGUGGAGGAGGAGGGCCGGGCUCGUGCUAUGCGGGCGGCACGGUCACUGGGCGAGAGAACCGUCACCGAACUCAUCCUCCAACACCAGAACCCGCAGCAACUCUCAGCCAACCUGUGGGCAGCCGUGAGGGCCAGGGGCUGUCAGUUCCUGGGACCAGCGAUGCAGGAGGAGGCUGUGAAGCUGGUGCUUUUGGCCCUGGAGGACGGCUCGGCGUUGUGCAGGAAGGUGUUGGUGCUGUUUGCUGUACAGAGGCUGGAGCCUCGCUUCCCACCCUCGAAAACCAGCAUCGGCCACGUGGUGCAGCUCCUGUACCGGGCCUCCUGCUUCCAGGUUACCAAGCGGGAUGAGGACUCCUCGCUGAUGCAGCUGAAGGAGGAAUUCCGUGUGUAUGAGGCUCUGCGGCGUGAGCACGACUCGCAGAUUGUUCAGAUCGCCAUGGAAGCCGGCCUCCGCAUUGCCCCCGACCAGUGGUCCUCUCUGCUGUACGGAGACCUCUCCCACAAGUCCCACAUGCAGUCCAUCAUAGACAAGUUGCAGACGCCAGCCUCCUUUGCUCAGAGUGUACAGGAGCUGACCAUUGCCCUGCAGCGCACGGGAGACCCGGCCAAUCUCACCCAACUCCGACCCCACCUGGAGAGACUGGCAAACAUCGAUCCAAGUCCAGAGGUGCGGGGACUGAGCUGGGAGCAGCUGGAGGCUGGUCUGGUGGCUGUGAAGACGGUGGUGCAGGGUCUGGGGGACUUCAUCCUCAACCACAGCAAGAGAGCCACAGACCCCCAGCAGCCUGCCCAGAGCAGCAAGUACAAGACCAGUGUGUGCCGGGACCUGCGGCAGGGCGGGGGCUGCCCGCGCGGAGUCAGCUGUACCUUCGCUCAUUCACAGGAGGAGCUGGAGAGGUUUCGGGUGAGGACCAGGCGGGGUACUGUGUGCCGGCUGGCUGCCCCCCCGACAGCCCUGGCCCCGCCCAGCUCUGGACCGCCCCACAGCACGGUUACCCCCAGCAACGACAGCCAUAAUAUCGGCUCCCACGGCAAUGAUGGCAACUGUGAUGGAAAUCUGGAGCUGAGCAUUAGCCCCACAGUGGAAAUGCCAGCCAAGCGCUCGCUGGGGGCCGUGCCGCCGAGCAUUCAGUCCCGAGUGGCACCUGACCUGCCCCCUGUGCCAGCCUCCAAGCACACACAACUGGUACCUCGGGGGUCACACAUGUACCCCCCCGCACACCAGCCAGAUGUUUACUACCAGGACCUCCGAGGCGCUGCACAGCAGCCAGACGUUUACUACCAGGACCUCCGAGGUUCUGCACAGCAGCCAGAUGUUUACUACCAGGACCCGCGCGGUUCCACUGCUCCCUACAAACCAGCGGCCUAUCACCCCAGCCUGUAUUACCCCCCCGCCUCGGGGCCACUCACGGCCUAUGUACCACAUUACCGGGGGCCGAGCAGCAUGGCAGAGCCUGGCUACCGGGACCAGUAUGUGGCUUACACGGACAGGAUGGGCAGCGCACCGUACCCGCUGGCUCCCCCAUACCCCCUGCCACAGCCCCUCCCCCCACACUGUCAGGAGCACCGAGCAUACCCGGCUCCCACUCCCUACCCCAGUGAGGACAUCCAACACCCAGUCUCCCGCUACCGGCCGGAGCCCAGGGACCCCUACACUCAUGACAAUUACUACACUGGGACCAGCCCACACCACCGGCACCUGAGACCACACUAUAGGGACCCCCAUGGACGGACACCCUCUCUGGACUAUCUUCACCGUCGCAGGAAUGAGCUGAUGGCUCAACUCAAGGAGCGUCGCAGUGUCUCACCCCCAUCCUUCCCCUUGGCCACAUAUCCCCAGUGUGCAGAUGAUGAUGUGAAAGCCAACAGCCAUUAUAAGGCCCACGAGUACUCGCCCUGGUCAUGUGACACCAUCGGAUCGUAUAUCGGCGGCAAAGACAGUCAUCCCAAGGAGAUGGUGCCCGUCGCCGUGACCAUGGACGCUGAGAGCCGGGCUGCAGGGGAGGGGCCUCGAGCCCCUGCCGAGGGGAGAGAGGAGGAUCCCAUCAUCCCCUUCGGGGAGUUGCCCACCGUCUCCAGGUUCGGGGCCAUUGCCCGCACCUCCAAACCCAGCUACCAGCCCGGCCCGGGCACUGCCAAUGUCAGCUACCAGCCCGGCCAAGGCCUCCCCACCACACACACCAGCACUGCAGAUUACAGUGCGUAUAGGAGCCACGCUGGGUGGGGUGCCACCCCCACCCCCACCCCCACUCAGGGGCAUCUCGUUGAAAGGGAGAGGCUGUGUGUGACUGACACGUCAGCUCAAACACACCAACACGUAACACGUAACGAUAGGCAGCGGCUCAGACUGGAGCUCCAGUAUGUCAACCAACAGAUCAGCCAACAUCAGCUGGAGGUUGCCGGGGAGCCGGUGUUGUGGCAGAGGGAGGCACUGGGUUGGCAGCCGACCGGACCCUCCCCGCUCCUGUCCCGCCAGCAGCUGAGCCGUGAGCUGUACCACGUGGAGCGAGAAAUCGGCAAACGCACGCAGGAGCUGGAGCCGCAGAGACGGGCAUUGCUGGACGUACAGUGCAGAGCCACAGAGAACGUCCCCGAGCUCCAACCACAUGGCAACCAGGACUCUCAGCCCCGUCCCCACAGUGAGGGGUCGAUGGUGGCAGAGCUGAGUUUCAUCGCUGAGAGGACAGUGAGUGCCCUGACGCUGGUGACAGACAGUGAGAGUGGAGAACGCUGUCACAGCCAUCACAAUGGGGCCUCACCCACGCCAUCGCCUGUGCCCGCCCAGCAGCCUGGCACACAGCAGCCGUGGGCGGACAGUGUUCGGCCUCCACCCCGCGGACUCCAGCUUUCACUAACUGUAGGAGCUGUGUGCGCGGAGGCUCAUAGUGAGGUCUCCCACCCCCUGAUUGCUGAGUAAUCUGCUGACAACACCUCACCUUGUAACCAACCUGUCACAGCCGUGCCAGACGCUUUUCCACUGAGUGGAAACAACUGACAGGACUCUCCCGACCUCUGCCCCUCCCACAUCCCCCCCCCAAACCCUAACCCUCCGCUGGCUUCUACCCCUCCCCUGGUUGCUCCCCCCUAAUUGCUUCCCUCUAGUUGCUCUGCCCCCAUUGCUCCGCCCCGAUUUAUUUCUCUCCCCCAUUGCUCUCGCCUCCUCCAUUGCUGUUCCCCCCCCCCUUCCCAAUCAAAGCCCCCAGUGUUGGCCGCUGUAUGUAAGCUGAGCAUGGAGCGAGCGCCAGGCUGGGUAGGUUUGGGCAGCUGUGGCUCACGUAUCUUUCACAUUGAAUGUGCCCCGGAGCCUGGCUGCCCGGCCCCCCGCCCCCCCCCGCAGGCUGCUUGGAUUUCGAGCGUUGUUGUAGGGGAGGGUCGUCAUUUUUAAUUAUCUGAUAUAAAUGAACCUUUUAUUUUAAAAGAAAUAGUUCUCGCU